AUGGCCUACCAGAUUCUCAACCUGACGUUGAUCUCGGCGACCGACCUCAAGAAGGUGACAUUCUUCUCCCGCAUGCGCGUCUACGCCGUCGCCUCCAUCUCCGGCGGCGACCCUUGCACGCCCAGCCACGGCACCCAAGUCGACUUCCACGGCGGACGGAACCCCACGUGGAACGCCAUGCUCCAGCUCCCGAUCCCUGCCGGCGCGGAUACCCGCGGCCUCGCCCUGCACGUGCUGCUACGCUCCAAGGCCCCCUUCUUCGGCCACCGCGAUGUCGGCGAGGUGUUCGUCCCUCUCAACGAUCUUCUCUCCGGCUCCAGCGCGGAUGGCGGUGCCGACCCCAGGACGAUGAGUUACCAGGUGCGGCGCCCCGUGUCUGGUCGCGCCCACGGCGUCCUCUACUUCAGCUACAAGUUCUCCGACGUCAAAGCCGACGUAGCCGCUCCAUCCGUUGUCGACCAAUAUAGUGCCAAGUAUCCUUCUCGUGACCAUCAUAUGGCAGUGUCCAACAAGACCAUGGCGGCGCCCGUCACCCCGUACCCGCCACAAGCGCAGGCUCCGUUGGCAUACCCACCGAGUAACGUACCUUACGGCGCGCCAUAUCUGGCGUAUCCACCACAGCCAUAUGGUGGGUACGCGUCUCCGCCACCGUACGGGUACAAUUCUGCUCCACCGCCGGCGACGUACGGCUACGCGCCACCGCCUAUGGCUGCGCCAGCAAGGCAUCGGGGAGGGAUGGGCAUGGGUCUAGGCCUCGGGCUCCUCGGCGGCGCCGUUGGAGGGAUGAUGCUCGGUGAAGAGAUCGGUGACUUUGAGGCCGAUGCUGCCUACGACGCUGGUUUCAAUGAUGGGUUGAGUUUUUAG